UUGAGAGAGAGGUCAAGAGAUUCAUUGCAAAGGCCUGCCCUUUACUGAUACUGAUUAUAUUUAGUUGUAUAUUUGUUUGUUUGAUAUUGUAAAAUGGUUUUCUGCUAGUGACAGUUGUGCUUACUUAUCGUGGUUGACUACGUUGCGCCCCAAGUGUUUGAUAGUUGUUCCCAGUGAAGACCGACUUGCCAUACCAACAUGCAGAAGAGAUCAUUGUUGCUGGGCUUAAACCAUUCUCGCAACUCAGCUUAUAUGUUGGUCUCGGUGAAGUACAAAAACAGUGGAGGAAGUAGACCCAAGAAGAAAAUCUACCACAGAGUCCAUGAACUGGACAAAGCCAUGGACUUGCAGAAGAAGCCAUCUUUAAUCCUAAGGCUCAAAACAAUCAUCCAAUCUCAAAAACAGCAGUGUCUGCUUCUCCGUAACCUUGAAAAAGAAGUUGGGUUUGUCCAAAAAUGGAACUUUAUGUCUGUUAUUGAGAAGUACCCUUCAAUAUUCCAUGUUGGUGGGGGUAAUCGAACACCCCCAUUUGUUAGGCUGACUGAGAAAGCUGAAAGAAUUGCCAGUGAAGAAGCUAAAGCAAGGGAGUUAAUGGAACCCAUUUUGGUCAAGAACUUGAGGAAGUUGUUGAUGUUGUCAGUUGAUUGUAGAGUACCACUAGAAAAGAUUAAACUUAUUGAAUCAGAGUUGUGUUUGCCGGAUGAUUUUGACAAGUCAUUGAUUCCAAAGUACCCAGAAUUCUUUUCUGUAAAGGAUUUCAAUGGAAAAUCUUUUCUUCAUUUGGAAAAUUGGGACUCUUCAUUAGCAGUCACAGCUCGAGAGGAAAGAUUUGCAAGUGAAGGAAUUCUGGUCCCUGCUUCUGUGUACCCAAGGAAGGUUAGAAUAUCAAGAGAUGGUAAUUAUCUUGGUCCACAUGCAUUCAAAAUAAGUUUCCCUGUUGGUUUUAGACCAAAUACAAGUUACCUUGAGCAAUUUGAGAAGUGGCAGAAAAUGGAGUUCCCAUCUCCUUAUUUGAACGCUAGAAGAUUUGAAAUUGCUGAUCCAAAAGCAAGGAAGCGAGUGGUGGGGGUGCUUCAUGAGCUCCUAAGUUUGACGCUGGAAAAGAGGAUGACAUCUUCUCAGUUGGAUGCAUUUCAUUCAGAGUAUUUAUUACCAUCUAAGUUACUGCUUUGUUUGAUUAAACAUCAUGGUAUCUUUUACAUCACUAACAAAGGUGCAAGGAGUACUGUAUUCCUUAAAGAAGCGUAUGAUGGGUCAAAUCUGACUGCAAAAUGCCCCAUUUUGAUGCAGAAUGAUAAAUUUGUGGCACUUUGUGGUAGAGGUGGGAUCAGUUCAUCAAAAGACAUGCCUUCUACACAGUAUGGUUACUAAAAACUUAUCUUUUGGAUAAUUUUGUGACAUUCUCUCUCAAGUGUGAGAUUUUGAGACUGCAUUGGCUGCACCAUACUUGAAAUGAGUUUGGUUCAGGAAGACUGAGAUCUUAUGCCAGUUGCACUUGUCAUGAGAAGCCUACAUAAAAUUGUUGAGAACCAGAAAAAUCUUGGAUAGGAACAGAGAAGAAAGAUGUUGAAGUGACAAACAAGGGAGGACUGCAAUGAUUUCAACUGUAUUUGGAACAUCCAAUUAUACACGGGCCAAACUAAUAGGGUCUUGGCCCAAUCAACUUUUAUGUUGGUGUUCCCAGGCUUUGUCUCAUACCUAAAAAAAUACACCAUCUGUUUCUGUUUGAAGGCCUGAUAUUCAUUCAAAUUGGUUUUGUCAUUGUCUUGACACAAACUAGAUUUUUUUGUUUAUUACCACAUCUCCUCUAGCAGGCAGUUGUUAAUAGCUGCAAGUACAAGGACAUUGACCUUGUUUAUGUGGAAAUAUAAAGGUUAACUUAAGUUCAUUACAUUCAUUCAAAAUUACAUUUCUUGUAUGCAAUGUUGCUUCUUUCUGAUGAUACUAAUGACUUUUUUUUACUUCUAUCCUCGUGUUGAAGCCUCACUUGAUAUUUGCUUGUAAAGAACCAGUAAUUCCAUCCCCUGCAUAAAGGUAAGAACUUCACUUGAAUAGCUACUCUUAUUUUAAUAUAUGUUAUGAGAAGUGGGCUUUACAUUUAUAUAAAUUUAACUAGUACUAAGUCCAUGAUAAUAUAAAUAUUGGAUUUCACAUGAGGAUCCUCUUGUUUCAUCA